AUGAAGAAGAAGAUCAGGAGGAGGAUGAUGAGAAGGUGGAGGAAUCAGAUGCAGAAGAAGAAAAGGAUGAAUCUGAAUCCCAAGCAAGAGGGCAGAAACAAGAUGCCUUUGGGAGGGGUUUGGAAGAGCGGUGAUCUCUUGUCAACAGGCAGAGGGCUAUUUCCCACUUUUUCUUCUACAUCUUCAUCUUUUUCGUCAUCUUCUUCUGCUUAUUCAGCAAAUUCGUCUUCAUCUUCACCAUCUUGUUUUUGCCCUCCUGCUUCGGAUUCGGAUUCAUCCUUUUCUUCUUCUGCAUCUGAUUCCUCCACCUACUCAUCAUCCUCCUCCUCUCAUCAUCUUCUUCUUCAUCACAAUUCUAUUCAUCUUCUUCUUGACUGUUUUUUGUAA